AUGGCUUAUGACAACUUCAAUGAAUGUUCUCCAGACCUUCCUGACACUGCACCUACUGAAGAAAAUGUCGAGACGUCUAGUGAAGAACCUUAUUGGGGAAAGUUAAUUCAGAUUACUGAUCAGGGUCAAAAUAUGAGAGUUCUGACUGCUGAAUGCUAUAGAAUUGGGCGAGCACCAAGUUGUGAACUGCCUGUUACUGAAAAUGAUGUAGGUACAGAACUAUGUACAAAAAUUAGUAAAAUACAUUGCAGACUUUAUCGGGAUACAUUUGAAGAUCAACAUCUUGUUUUUCUAGAAGAUCUUAGUUUAAAUGGAACUUAUGUGAACAAUAAAAAAGUUGGAAAAAAUGAGAGGAUUUUGUUGCAUCAUACAGCUGAAAUAUCUUUAGCAGCUCCAAGUUUUAAAAUGUAUCUGUACAUUGAUAACAACAAUAACAACCAAAAUGAUUGGUUACACGAAAGCUUGGAAUCAAAAUUCUGCAUUUUGAAGCAUUUAGGCAGUGGAGCAUUUGGAGAUGUUAGGCUUGUUCUUGAUCAGCAAACAUAUAGAAGAUAUGCUAUGAAGAAAAUUUCAAAGCAUGAUGUGCCCGAGUGUAAAAUUUAUAAUGAAGUGUAUAUUCUUAAAAGAUUAAAUCAUCCCUUUAUAGUUAAUGUCGAAAAUGUAUUUGAUAGUCCUGAAGCAGUAUUUAUAACACUAGAAUACAUGCCUGGUGGUAACUUAUUAUCGAGAAUUAAAAAUUUAAGAAAAAUACCUGAACCUGAAUGUAAACUUAUAUUUUAUCAGCUUAUUUUAGGAAUUCAGUAUUUACAUGAAGAAGGUAUUACCCACAGAGAUCUAAAGCCUGAAAAUGUUCUAGUGAAUACUCAAGGAACUGGUGACUACAUUAUUGUAAAAAUAACUGAUUUUGGUUUAUCUAAAGUAAUCGAUUCUAAAACUGAAUUGAAAAGUAUUUGUGGAACUAUGAAAUACAUGGCACCAGAAAUAUUAGCACGUUACGCUCCGACCUAUACCAAUAAAGUAGACAUAUGGAGUUUUGGUAUAAUGCUUUUUUAUUGCUUAAGUGGAGAACAUCCAUUUGUUGGUGAUAAAAAUACGCUGACAAUUAAAAUAGUAGUUGGAAAAUAUGAAAUGACUCCUUCUGGUUGGCAUUUAAUUUCUAAACACGCAAAGAAUUUAGUUCGGAAAAUAUUAGUAAUCGAUCCUCUGAAAAGAUUAUGCAUUUCUUCUAUACUUAACCAUCCUUGGCUAAAGGAUGAAAGGCUUAUCCAGCGAAUAGAUGAUACCAUUGCAAUUAUAAAUAAUGCAAACAGAAAUAGUGUGAACUGA